GCAGUGUGCAGUACGUAUCAGUUCGAUCGAAGUUACCCGACUCACAGUGUCAUAAUGUCUGGACGCGGCAAGGGCGGUAAAGUAAAGGGAAAGGCAAAGUCUCGCUCUAGUCGAGCCGGACUUCAGUUCCCAGUUGGACGAAUUCAUCGAUUGUUGCGCAAAGGAAAUUACGCCGAGCGCGUUGGUGCUGGAGCUCCGGUCUAUUUGGCUGCUGUGAUGGAGUAUCUGGCUGCCGAAGUAUUGGAGUUGGCUGGAAAUGCUGCUCGUGACAAUAAGAAGACCAGGAUUAUUCCUCGUCAUUUGCAGUUGGCCAUACGCAAUGAUGAAGAGUUGAACAAACUGCUGUCUGGUGUAACGAUCGCUCAAGGUGGCGUUUUGCCCAACAUUCAAGCAGUGCUGUUACCUAAGAAAACCGAAAAGAAGGCGUAAAGCAACGAUGCUGAGAACAUAAACAACCGGCCCUUUUCAGGGCCAC